AUAAAUAUAUGUAACAAACACAACAUUCGAAGCAAUAUAUCCAAACUUGGUAGUACUAACACAUACAAAACAUUAAAUGGCCAACCACCAAAGCAAUGGCCAAAAUGGCCUACAACAAGGCCAAAUUGUGGUGGUGGUGGUGCCAUUUCCAGCACAAGGCCAUCUCAACCAACUCCUCCAACUCUCCCGCCUCAUCUCCGCGUACCACAUCCCUGUCCACUACGUUGCCUCUGCCACCCACAACCGCCAAGCGAAGCUCCGAGUCCACGGUUGGGACCCCAUCUCUGCCGCUAACAUCCAUUUCCAUGACUUUCCCACCCCUUUCUUUCCCUCUCCUCCUCCCAACCCUAACGCCUCGAUUAAAUUCCCCUCCCACCUCCAACCUUCUUUUCAAGCCUCAUUGUGCCAUCGCGAUCCUUUUAAUACGUUAUUGGAUGUUCUCUCCCCCACUUAUCGAAGAAUUAUUGUCAUUCAUGAUUCACUGAUGAGCUCAAUAGUUCAAGACAUCCCGUACACUCCAAACACCGAGUCCUACAUUUUCCAUAGCGUAUCAGCUUUCACAACCUUCCUCUACUUUUGGGAAACAAUGGAAAGGCCUUUCGCAAUAGAAUCCGAAAUACUCAAAGACCUUCCCUCCUUAGAAGGUUGUUUCACCUCCGAGUUCUUGAAAUUCAUCAGAAACCAACACGAUCACAUUAAGUUCAAUUCCGGUCAUCUAUACAACACGAGUAAAGUGAUUGAAGGUCCGUACAUUAAUUUACUCGCGAAGAAACAAAUAACCAAGAACAAGAAGCAUUGGGCGAUUGGGCCAUUCAACCCGGUGACAAUAAACAAUAACUAUAAUUUUCUUCGCCGACACACAUGUCUAGAUUGGCUUGACAAACAAGCUCCAAACUCAGUCAUUUACGUUGCGUUUGGAUCGACAACCUCAUUGUCAGAUGAGCAGAUCAAAGAGCUUGCAAUUGGGUUGGAGCGGAGCAACAAAAGGUUCAUAUGGGUAUUGAGAGACGCCGAUAAAGGAGAUGUGUUUGAUGGAGAAGAAAAAGAAGAAGAGAGGCGAGUUGAGCUUCCAAAAGGGUUUGGAGAGAGAGGAAUGGUGGUGAGAGAUUGGGCACCACAAUUGGAGAUCUUGGGACACAGUUCAACAGGUGGGUUUGUGAGUCAUUGUGGUUGGAACUCAUGUAUGGAGAGCCUUUCAAUGGGAGUUCCGAUCGUGGCGUGGCCGAUGCAUUCGGAUCAGCCGAGGAAUACUGUGUUGGUGACGAAGAUGCUGAGAGUUGGUUUGGUUAUGAGGGAUUGGGGAAGGAGACAUGAGGUGGUGGAGGCGGCGGUGGUGGAGGAGGUUGUGAGGAGGCUGAUGGGUUCGGAAGAAGGGGACGAGAUUAGGAGGAGGGCGGCAGAGUUGGGUGGCGCUAUGCGGCGGUCGGUGGCGGAGGGUGGUGUUUCUAGGAGGGAGUUGGAUGCUUUCAUUGCUCAUAUCAGUAGGUAUUCAGAAAUUUAGGAUGCGUAUGAUUUGAUUUUGGAGAUAAAUUUAAAAAAAAA